CCCCCUCCCCCUAUCUGAUGCCCUAGUCUUUUGCGGAUCACCCAGCCCUCAACGUCUUUCUUCUCUGGAAUUCUGGAGUCUCUUUCUCGUCGCUCUCUCCCUCAACCUCAAGCUCUCUCACCUCCGAUCUCUGACUUCUCUCUCGGUCUCGAUCUCUGACUUCUCUCUCGGUCUCGCACUCACUGUCUCUCGGUCUCCGCCACCCUCGUCCCCGUCCAGCAAGAUCGUCAGAGGCAGAAUCGUCUCAGUCGCAGUCGCCGCCUCCAGCAAGAUAGUUCUUCGUCUUUGGCCGUUCUUCUUUCCGGGUUCAUGGCUGACCAAGGAUUGGAGAGUAGCCAACCAGUGGAUCUGACCAAGCACCCUUCUGGGAUUGUGCCUACCCUUCAAAAUAUUGUAUCAACGGUCAAUUUGGACUGUAAGUUGGACCUUAAAACGAUUGCACUUCAAGCUCGUAAUGCAGAGUACAAUCCCAAGCGUUUUGCUGCUGUGAUUAUGAGGAUCAGAGAACCAAAAACAACUGCCCUCAUUUUUGCUUCUGGCAAGAUGGUGUGUACUGGAGCGAAGAGUGAGCAACAGUCUAAAUUGGCCGCAAGGAAGUAUGCUCGAAUUAUCCAGAAGCUCGGUUUCCCGGCCAAAUUUAAGGAUUUCAAGAUUCAAAAUAUUGUUGGCUCUUGUGAUGUCAAGUUCCCCAUAAGACUUGAGGGUCUUGCAUAUUCCCAUGGUGCUUUCUCAAGUUAUGAACCAGAGCUGUUUCCGGGGCUAAUUUACCGAAUGAAGCAGCCUAAGAUAGUGUUGCUUAUAUUUGUCUCUGGGAAAAUUGUGCUAACAGGUGCCAAGGUGAGAGAUGAGACUUACACAGCAUUUGAGAACAUAUAUCCUGUGCUUACUGAGUUCAGGAAAAACCAACAAUGAUUUUUGUUUAAGGGAAUGAGCAAAGUGCCACUAAAGGAAUGAAGUUCCAUGGAAUUGUAAAUAUUAAGACAAAAAGAAAAAAAAAGGAAUAUCUGGAUUGAUAUUAGUUAAGACCCAGUUGUUUCUCUGCUUUGAAUGUUCUAGUAAAGUGAAGCACAUUGUUCUAUUCUAAUUAACGUUUCAAAACAAAACAAUAUUUUUGAAGAGGCAGAGAGGAGUGAGAGAAGAGUAAAAGAAAAGAAAAAUAUGGAGGAGCUAGAAGAGAAAGAAAUUUUAUGUAUGUAAAAUUGCAACCACAAAUUGUUGGACACAUUUGAUUUUCAUUUAGACAGGAUAAAAGGGCGUUUAAGUUUUUUGAA